AGUAAUUUCCGACUUUCUCAGAACUUUUGAUUUUGUUUGAUGACCUCAGAGUUUCAGUUUCUGUCCAGAUGGAGCGUUAUUUAAACCAGAACAGAUCCUUCAGGACCACAACCAGACCAGAUCCUUCAGAACCAGAUCCUUCAGGACCACAACCAGACCAGAUCCUUCAGAACCAGAUCCUUCAGGACCACAACCAGACCAGAUCCUUCAGAACCGGAUCCCCCUGAACCGGAUCCCCCUGAACCAGAUCCUUCAGAACCAGAUCCUUCAGAACCAGAUCCUUCAGAACCAGAUCCUUCAGAACCAGAAGAACCACCAGAACUACCAGAACCAUCAGAACCAUUAGGAACAUCAGAACCAUCAGGAACAUCAGGACCAUCAGAACCAUCAGGACCAUCAGAACCACCAGAACCAGAACCAUGAUGCUGGUCUCCCUUCUGCUCAUCCUCCUGCAGGUCUGCAGUCAGCUGAUGACAGCCGUUGCCAUUCCGACCUGUCUGCUGAAUGGUCAUGUGGUCCAAUCAGCUCAUCACAUGCUGAGAGACCUGGGGGGGUCGUUUCCUGUUUCCUGUUUGCCGGUCAACAUCAACAUCUCCUUCCCAAGCUCCGCCCUCCCAGCUGCUGCCUCAGCCAAUCCUCUUCAGUGCCGCAAAGCAUUGUGGGUGGUUUAUGAGUCUCUGCAGGAGGCGGGGCUUGUAUUCGAGGAGGAUUUACCUGCAGGACUCACCUGGAGGGACGAGAAGCUGCAGAGAUUCAGACACCUGCAGUUCAGACUGAUGGAGGAGGGGGAGUGUUUGUCAGGUGUCGAUGGUUCAGUCGUUUUAUCUUCUUACUUCAGUAACGUGACGGCAGUUCUGGAGCAACAGGGCAGCGCAGUCUGUGGUUGGGAGGCUCUGCGGAGGGAUCUGCUCUGGGUCCUAAAGUCCGCCCUGCAUCAGCACCACAACUGCUUCACCUGGGGGACAAAGACCCCGCCCACCUCGGGAUGAUACCCCGCCCAUCUCAGGAUGAGACCCCUCCCACCUCGGGAUGAGUCCCCGCCCACCUCAUUUAUGACUUGAUCUAUUUAUUUCAAUAUUUAUUUCAAUAUUUAUUUCAAUAUUUAUUAAACAC